UUUCUCGUCGCUAGUUUGACGCAGCCAGCCAGACUCAAGCGGGAAGUAUGGCUAACGUUACAACGGAGAAACCGCUUUCACCCCUUUCUUGCAUGCAGUCAAGAAGAAUGGAUGGUAAUAUUGAACGUCUGGUGGUAGACCUCUCAGAUCACGGUCUUAACAAACUGGACUCAACAUUGUUUUCCUGUGUGGACACUCACACGCUUAUCUUGGACAAUAAUAGCAUCAUUAAGUUGGAAAACCUCGACCAAGGCACAGAAAUUAAGCAGUUGUCGGUUGCCAGUAAUCGGCUGGUACGGAUGAUGGGGGUGUCAAAGCUCCGAGAGCUGAGGUUGCUGAACCUGCCCAACAAUAGCAUCGGGUACAUCGAAGGCCUGAAGGACUUGGUUCACCUGGAGUGGCUUAACCUGGCUGGCAACAAUCUCAAGGUGAUGGACGAGCUUAACAAUUGUGUGGGACUGCAGUACCUGGACCUCUCCGACAACAACAUCUCUGUGAUUGGUGACCUCACCAAGCUCUCUAACUUAAAGACACUACAUCUCAAUGGCAACACAAUCACUACUCUGCGCUCUGUUCCUGCCUUCCUGCCCUCCAUACUCACCGUCUUGGCUUUGGCGGAGAAUGAGAUUAAAGACCUGAAUGAGGUCUCGUACCUGGGCUCUCUCCACAGCCUGGAGCAGCUGUCCAUCGUUGGUAACCCGUGCGUCAUGGCCAGCUCGACUCUAGCAGGCUCUGACUAUCGGCCCUAUGUGGUGAGCUGGUGCCUGAAGCUGAAGGUGCUCGAUGGAUAUGCCGUGUCCCAGAAGGAAGAACUCAAGGCAGAGUGGAUGUACAGUCAGGGCAAAGGUCACAGCUAUCGUCCGGGGCAACAUGACCAGCUGGUCCAGUACCUGGCCUCUGUCUGCCCCCUGACGGUGACCACUGCUCUGCAGUCUGCAGAGGAUGCCAAGCUGGAGAGGAUUCUCAACAAACAGAGGCAGCACCAGAAGCAGCUGUUGAGGUCCGAUCACAGGAGCAGCUCCAGCAGAGCUCACCCUGUCCCCUUUAAUAUGGAGCAGCAGACGCAUGAAUCAUCUGAGCGGAUGUCUUCACAGCCUCCCUCGCUGAUCUACAGGGCAGAACCGGUCGUCCAGGUGAACUCGUGGGUCGGAACGGACCCUUCGGCAGCGCCGAUCUUCUACCCCGGCGUCUCCCCAUCCCGCGGCGAUGACUUCGCUUCCUUGCGACUGGAGGACGUGCAGACCGACGAGGAGAAGCUCCACGGCAGCCAGCUCUCCUCCGAGUCCUUCUUCCUGCCCGUGACGUCCACCGCACACCCACCCGUGCGCUCCGUCGACGUCGACCGAGAGACGGAACCUUUCACCGUCAUCUCCCAAGCCCCGGCGCAGUCCCACGUCCCAGCCCAACCGGCGAGAGACGUCAAGGCAACGCGAGUUGGACAAAAGACGCCCACGUACAGCCUGGUGGUGUCUUCACCCACGGUGCCACACGAGAACUGCAGCCCCUCCGUAUCGCCCGGAGAGAAGCACUCCGUAGGGAGGGAAGGGAGCGCGUGUUCACAGGCCGGCAGCAGGAACUGUGCGGAGGUGAACGGAGAACAGGGUCGUUUGGCGUCCGAGUCCGCUCCGGCGGAGAACGGCGGAGACGAGCCGCGCUCGCUAGACGCGGCCGCGGUGCGGAUACAGGCGUGGUGGCGUGGGCACUGGACACGGCUCUGCCAUCCGCAGGCCAAGGAGGUGCGGGCAGAGAUCCGCUUACGCCGCAUGCAGGAACACAUCCUCUACUUGACUGCAGAGCUCGAGAGGGUGCACAAGCAACAGGAAGAAGAGAGGUUACAGAGGUUAGUUCAGGAGGAAGCAGUGAAGUGUCUUUGGAAGCAGCUUCAGUCAGUGGUCACGUGGCAGAACGCAGUAAUGGAACAGCUCAAGUGUGGCCCAGUCCUCCCCAGCUCCAGGCCCUUUGCCCCGUCUGAGAACCAGGCCCCAACUCAGACCGAAUUGCACUCUUAUGUCGACCACCAGGGGGCCCCACAGGACAGCAUCAGUAGCAAAGUGACCGUUAACUCUCCAGAGCUUGUGUCACCGGUUGAGGCAGCAACAGCAGCAGCAGCACAGUCAAACGCUGUGGAAAGCAGUCAAGGAAGUAUUGAAGAACUGCGUUUUAGCCUUGAGCAGAAAGAACAAGAGUAAGAGACACAAAUGGAAGACAGAGACAUGGACAUGGUGCAUUCGAGGUGGACUCAAGGCUAAUCACAAGAUGAACUCUCUUCUAUUGACUCUCCAUCCUGUCAGUACAUGACUGGCCCACAAGUGUUGCUUGUCUGUGCUUGGUAGCUGCUAACACCGAUGACCAGCAAAGGGAGUGAGCUGGCACUGAACAUGUUUACCCACUGUGUGUGCUCAAAAUGUCUGUCACAGGCGUGGCACAGCCUCCGUCCAGCUCUCAAAGUAAUGCCAAGUCAAAUAAUAUAUUAAAAGAACUACUGAAAGCUGAAACGCUGUAGUGGUCUUAUACUACUGAUGAUGAUGAUAUAAGUUGUGCUGUGUCCCAAAGCCAUUCUAGGAAGUACAUACUGUAUGUCGGACAUCACUGAAGCAUACUGUAUGACACAGUGCAAGUGUCUGAAAUGUAUUGAACAUGCUCUAGGGGCCAUUGUGUGUUUUGCAUGCUGGAGAAGUAGGAUGAUACAGCUGUGCCUGUCAUGUAUUGAAGGAUAAACUGUAUGGGAUGUAAAUACAAAACGAGUGUUUAUGCGAUUUUGCCUGAAUGAUUCCUUUAUGUUAAUGGAUUUCAGAAGUUUUCUCUCUCCCUCCUCUCUUUCACUCUAUUUCUGACCUUCUAGCCAGUGUGUGAUUUGUUAAAAAGAAAAGGAGAUAUGAUUUGAUGAAUGAAAUUAUACACAUUGAUGUUGUUGAAAGUAAUGUUCAUCUCCUGAGCAUUUUUAACUAGUCAUUUAAGUGCAUAUUUAACAUGCAGACAAUGGCCUAUGUUAUGAAUAAUAUGUAUUCAUUUUGUUACAUUUUGUGUGAUUAAUACUUUAAAUAUAAAAUAUUUUU